AUGCGUCUAUUAGCUCUCCUUCUAGCCGGCCUAGCUGCCGUUACAUUGGCAGCACCUGUUGAGGCUCCUACCGAGUUGAGCGAGCGUCAGUACAGACCUACGUACAAGGUACACGCAGCACUGGAGGGCAAAGUAGCCGAUGCGGAAAAGCGUCAAUAUAGGCCUACGUACAAAGUCCACAAAGAGCUCGAAGGGAACGAGACCGUCGAUAAGCGCCAAUACAGACCUACUUACAAGGUCCACGGAGAACUUGAAGGAAAGGAGACCGAGUAA